AUGAAGAAGAGCCGCAGCGUGCUGUCGGUGACUGGAGAAGAGGGAAAUGACACAGAUCUAACAGGUGCUGGGGAGAAGGCGGAGUCAUCUCGCUACAGCCGAUCUUACACAUCCGGCGCCACGCUGGGGGCUGAGCUACGCAGAGGGAGGAGCAGAAGACUCUCGCCUAGUCUCCAGGUCCCCUGCUGGCUCCGCCCUCGAGAUCGCACCCGAUCACCAGAGGUCCUGAGCAACGUGUCGCGUCCAACAACUCUUCCCCUCCGUAUCCCACCACGCAUCUCCAUCACACAAGCAGACACCGACAGUUACGAAGCAGAGAAUGGCGUGUCCCCAGGUCACACCCCUCUGGGUUCCCAAAGUCCAAGCCUCACCUUGCACACCUCCUUCCCCCAGGGCCAGAGAAGAGAGUCCUUCCUCUACCGCUCCGACUCGGACUACGACAUGUCGCCCAAGACGGUCUCACGCAACUCUUCCCUCGCCAGUGAAGGGCACACAGCAGAGGACUUUAUUGUCACACCCUUUGCUCAAGUGCUGGCAAGUCUGCGAUCAGUACGGAGCAACUUCACCAUCCUUGCCAACGUCUCCACGCCAACAGUCAAGAGGUCUCCUCUGGGUGGAGUGUGCGUCAGUCCCAGGGCGACACUAUCAGACCAGCAGUACCAGCAGCUCGCCCUGGACACACUGGAGGAGCUGGACUGGUGCUUGGACCAGCUGGAGACCAUUCAGACACACCGCUCCGUCAGCGAAAUGGCCUCCAACAAGUUCAAGAGGAUGCUGAACCGAGAGCUGUCCCACCUGUCAGAGAUGAGUCGCUCUGGGAACCAGGUGUCUGAGUACAUCUCCAGCACCUUCCUGGACAAGCAGAACGAGGUGGAAAUCCCGUCUCCUACUCUGAAAGACAAGCCUAUGAGUCACAUCAGUGGAGUGAGGAAACUGUCUCACAGCUCCAGCCUCUCCAGCACCUCAAUGCCUCGCUUCGGCGUCAACACGGACCACGAGGAUGAGCUUGCCAAGGAGCUGGAGGAUCUGGACAAGUGGAGUUUUAACAUAUUCAGAGUAGCAGAGUUCUCCAACAACAGACCUCUCAGCUGCGUCAUGUACGCCAUCUUCCAGGAGCGAGAGCUGUUGAAGACAUUUCGUAUCCCAGUCGACACCUUUGUCACUUAUGUGAUGACCCUGGAGGACCAUUACCAUGGAAACGUAGCGUACCACAACAGCCUCCAUGCUGCAGAUGUCACCCAGUCCACACAUGUCCUCCUCUCCACACCUGCUCUCGAUGCCGUCUUCACCGACCUGGAGAUCCUCGCCGCUCUCUUCGCUGCAGCUAUCCACGAUGUGGACCACCCCGGAGUCUCUAAUCAGUUCCUCAUCAACACCAACUCCGAGUUGGCCCUCAUGUAUAACGAUGAGUCAGUGUUGGAGAACCACCACCUCGCUGUGGGCUUCAAGCUUCUGCACCAGGAAAACUGUGACAUCUUCCAGAACCUCACCAAGCGCCAGCGCCAGAGCCUUCGCAAGCUCGUCAUCGACAUG